CAUUGCAGGGAGUUGGACCAGGUGGCCUUUACAAGUCCCUUCCAAUUCAAAUGAUUCUAUGAUUCUAUGAUCUAUGUUUUUCUCCACCCUGCUCCCCCUUCCUUCACGCAGCAGGGUUUGGCUUCACACCCUGAGCCCCUGGGGGUAGGUGGGUGCUUCUCAGAGCAGGGAGGGCAGUUUGCAGGAGUCAGAAAAACCCAGGGCUGUCCCAGACCCGCACUGUAGAGAGCGGGGGGGGGCUGGAGGCAUCAACUCCCUCCACCAAGUGCACCUUGGAGCAGGAGAUUCCCGUGGGUUCAUCUUGUCAGGAGCACAUCCUUGCAUCCCUCUGCAGCCCAGGGUUUGACACCAGGGCUGUGGGGGGCAGAGUGGUGGGGCUGCCGGGCUGUGCAGCGGUGCUGUGGGGGUGAGCGCAGUGCACUCAGCUGGUUGGCAGAUGAGUAAUGCUCUCCUCCGGCCAAGCCCACAAGCUGCUAAGUUUAGCAGUGAUUUGUAUUUUUCCAAACUGUCUCGAGUCCCUUGGUGAUUCAGAGCCGCCCGGCUUUGCUGCACCCGCAGCCCCAGCUGUGUGAAUGUGCUGGAAUGGGGCCAGCACGGAUGCAGCUGGGACUGUCCCAGUUCUGGGCCGUGAGGCAGAACAUGGUGACGCCACAUUGUUGGGACUUGGGAGUACCAGGGGGCGAGCACCCCUUCCCUGCCUGCCUCUCCUCCUCUCCCUUGCCUGGAGCCAGGGGGUGCACACUGAUGCUGGCCCCUGUCCACGCUGUCCCUGCAGGAAUGCCCCAGGGCUGCUCCCUGUGCACCGUGCCCUGCAUUCCCUUUCCUGCAGGAAGGGUUUUUUGGGGGGUGCAGUCAUGUUCUGUCCCAGCCCCGUGUGCUGCAUCUGCCCCUGCUGGGGCCAUGCUGCUUGGAAGGUGCUGAGUAUGACAUUCCUCUGUCAGCCUGGGUCUGGAGCGGUGCUUUUUCAGCCGCACUGGGUUUUGAUUUCUAUGUGCCUUGUUGAAAGCCGUGUGCCUGGGGGGUGACUCAGAGUGGGCAGCAGCCCAGCAGUGCUGGCGGUGGGCAGCCGGAGCUGGCAGACAAGGGAGCGAUAAGGGCAGGCCAGCCCCGCUCCAUACCAGGGCUGCAGGGCAGCUCCCAGCCACUGCCUGACCUCCUGCUGCAUCUCUCAUGGAAGCAGGGAGUCUAUUUUGGGAACGGCGUCUCUGGGAAAAUCUGCUGCAUCAAUGGCAUGUGAAGUAAAGCACUUGGGGGUAGCGUUUUCAAAAUGCCUAUUUCCCAUCCCAGGGUUUUGCCUGGGUGCAGGCAGCCGAGCAGCAGGGGAUGCUGUAAGGGCAGAGCCAGGCUGGGUGCUUGCCCUGGUAGGCAGGGGACCCGCAAUCCCCGGCACGUCCCACAGCAGCUGUGCCCCAUGCUCAUCUCCGUGGGAACACCCGUGAGAUGUGAUGUGGCGGUAGCUGCUGGCAAGGUCUCGCUCCCACCCUCUUCUCACGGUCCAAGUCCAGCUGCAAACUGCACUCUCCAUCUCUGCAGCCUGCAGGGUCCCCUUCCCCUGUGUGCCAUCAGCCCUGCCGGCGUGGCACGCUGCACAGGGUGACAGAGAGCAAGUGACACUGAACCCAGCACCCGUGCUGUGCUGAGGAGUGUGUUCAGAGCCAACACCGUCUGCUCCCAUCUCGGGCAGCUCAUUAGGGUGUCUGGGACCUGAGCUGCUGUGGAAACGUGGGUGGGCUGAGACGGGAUUAGAGGCGGCCAGGAAGUCCUGCUGCCCCGUGGUUAGCACGGGGCUGCUGCUGGCUCAGAAUGAGGCGUGACACAUGUUGAUUUUCCCAUGGUGCUAUCUCCCAAACCUCUGCUUGUGGCUGCUGCUGGACCAGGCUGCUUGGGAGAGGGCCGACUGCCUGUCUACAAGUGAGAGGGUUCACGAGCGAGAAGCCAGCCACUCCAUCUCCGAGUCAAUCGCUCUGUUUGCUGAGGAAGUGCGAGCUGGAAGCCGCUCUGCUGCAGUGAUUUCCGUAACCCCGCCGCUGCCCCUGUGCUGAUUCAUUGAUUUGGACGGGUUAUAUACUGGGAGGGGAAGCAUGAACCGCACUCUGCGCUCCUGCCAGCACGAAGCUGUGCUCGCUCAGCGCUCACGGCUGCAGGACAUGGGCCCCAUGGAGCAGGGAGGUUGGUGGCUGUUGCUGCUGCUGCUGCUGGGCUUCCACCCGGCCCACGGGCAGUGCCCGGAGCAGUGCCAGUGCGUCCGCACCGCCCAGGUGGAGUGCUCCGGCGCCGGCAUCACCGCCGUCCCCAGCCCCAUCCCCGCCAAUGCCAUGACCCUGCAGAUCAUCAACACGCGCAUCACCGAGCUGGGAGAGGCGUCCUUCGGCAACGCCUCCCUGCUGAUUGGGCUGCGCAUCGAGAAGAACGACCUGCGGCGCGUCAGCCCCGACGCCUUCCAGCACCUGCCCGACCUGCGCUACCUCAGCCUGGCCAGCAACAAGCUGCAGGAGCUCCCGGUGCAGGUCUUCCAGCCCCUGGGCAAGCUGGAGUCGCUGCUCCUCUCCAGCAACCAGCUGCUCCGCGUGGAGCCCGACCACUUCGCCCACCUGAGCAACCUGAAGGAGCUGCAGCUGCACGGGAACAACCUGCGGGAGCUGACGGAGGGGCUGUUUGACCAGCUCGCCAGCCUCACCAAGCUCAACCUGGCCCGCAACAACCUUGACCGCCUGCCGCCCCGCGCCUUCGAGCGGCUGCCUCAGCUGCAGGUGCUGCGGCUCUAUGAGAACCGGCUGCGGCACAUCCCGGCGGGCGCCUUUGACGCGCUGCCCGAGCUGCAGGAACUGGGCCUGCACCAGAACCAGCUGGAGACGCUGUCCCCGGAGCUCUUUGUGCACAACGGGAACCUGCAGAAGCUCUACCUCUCCAACAACCUCCUCACUGCCCUGCCCGCCGGCAUCUUCCUACCACUGCGUGCUCUCUCCAAGAUCACCCUGCACGUCAACCGCCUGCGUGACAUCUCGCCGGCUGCCUUCGGCCCCACACCCAACCUGCGGGAGCUGUGGCUCUAUGAGAAUGAGCUGGCCGCUCUCCCCGCCGCCGUCUUCAGCAACCUCACCCAGCUGCAGCUUCUGGUGCUCAGCAAGAACCAGCUCCGAUCGCUGGCUCCGGGGGCUUUCCGGGGGCUGGGCGAGCUGCUGGAGCUCUCGCUGCACUCCAACGCCCUGCGCCGGCUGGAUGCUGGGGCUCUGGGGGGAAUGCCCAAGCUGCAGAACAUCUCCCUGCAGAACAACCGCCUGCAGACGCUGCCCCGCGGCCUCUUCGCUGCCACUCCGAGGCUGCAGCACAUCCAGCUGCACGCCAACACCUUGGAGAACCUGCCUGCCGGCAUCUUCUCCCCGCUGGCCGCCGUGCGGGAGGUGAAGCUGCACAACAACUCGUGGCGUUGUGACCGUGCCAUCCUGCCCCUGCGCGCCUGGCUGGAGGCCAACCCCGGCAAGGUGGGUGAGAUCCCCCCGGUGUGCGCCCAGCCGGCCCCGCUCCAGGGAGCACCCAUUGCCGAGCUGCGGCAGGACCAGCUCCCCACCGCCUGGCCCAGCACCUUGCUGCCUGCCCGCCCCUCCCAGGAAGAAUUGCCAUCGGGGUCCCCCACCACGCUGCUGGCCACCCCCCGGUACCAGGAGAAGGAGGAGGAGGAGGGGGAAGAGGAGGAGGAAAGCAGGGGGUGGUGGGGGCUGACGCGCACGCAGAGCGCGGUGGUGGUGGCUGUCAUCGUGCUGCUGUGCGUGGCCCUGCUCUGCGCCCUCGUGGCACUGGUGGUGUACGGCUGUAGGAAGAAGAGCCACGUGGUGCUGAUGAGGAUGAAAGCACCCAAUGAAGCCUGAUCCCCCACGGACCCUGGGGGCAGUGGUACUGCUGAGGGACACAGAGCUGGAUGGACAGCAUCAUUCCACGUGCCACGUCUCCCGUGCUGCUCUGCUUCACUGUGCCCCUGCUCUGCAGCAGGGUGUCAACCACGGGUGCCCCCUUGGCUGCCCUGUCCCCAGCCCCUCCUGCCUCCAUGCUCAAUCCCUUCCUGGGGCCGGCAGCUAGAGUACAGGGUGCCGAAUAGCAGAGCAGGGAGCCACAGCCUGGCCACAGAGUGCCGGAACUCCCCCUCCCCCACUUCACAUCGUCCCCUUGAGCACCGCCUGCUGUCCCUGGCCCCAUCCAUGCCCUCAGCCUCAGCCCAUGCUGAGGUGCGAAGCCAUCACACAGGGCCAGGAGCUGAGCGCACACCCUCACCUCAAGCAGGGCUGUGUGUGCCUUUGUAGCUCACCCCUGCAGCGCUGGGCUGCCUCUGCUUGGCUCUGAGCCCGGCGUGCUCCAUGGUGGCACACCCCAGUGACUUGGCCGCGUCCACGCUGCCCUCCCUGCCCGCAGGCAGUGUGGUGAGAGCGGAGCAUCCUCCUCUGCCUCCAGCAGCAUCCUUGUCCUCACACGCCUGUGCUUCUCAUUCCAGCAGCACUGCGGGGCUGCGUGCACCCUGGGUACCCACCAACUGCAGCCCUGCCCAGUGCAGCUGCACCCUCUCCUCUCCCUGUUCCCAGCCCUGAGUGUGCCUGGUCUGCGCCUGCUCCCACUGCCUGCUCCCAGCCUGUGUGCUGCCAGUGGCACAGGGCAGGAGGGCAAAGCCCUGCUCUGCAAGGCCCAGCCGUGGGCAGGUCGGACUGCGCUGUCCCCAGCAGCCACUGUGCCUCAUCCAGCCAGCAAGGCAUGGCCACAGCUCCGUGCGUGGCACCGUGCCGUAUGAGGUACGGUACUACAGGACAAGGAUUGCAGUGGGUGGCGCUGCUCCUGGUGCUCCAGGAGCCAGUGCUGACACAAGCAACUAUGUGGUUGUGUGUAUGUGAUGGAAUGGAUGAUCUUCUGGGCUGGGACCUGCACAGCAACUGUGAACAGGACUGUGCCUCGGGGCCGUUCGGUACUGCUCUGUGACCUCCCAUUAAAGCACGGUUGUCCAAA